CUUCCUCUCAGUCGGGACUCUUCAGAAACUUCACGCAGAGGCGAGUCGGGUGUGGUUACGAGCGUGUGAUAUCUCACCGGAGGGGGGGGACGAAAGGAAACGCAAUAACGGCACCACAACUUGAAAAGCGACCCGCGAACCGGAGAGAAAACCGAGCCGAGGAGAAACCGGUCCAGUCCGCUCCCGCGGAGGGUUCAUGAAUGUAGGUCCGACGAGCCGCUGGCCACCCGGAGUCCGCCCGCUCGGUCUCAACAGCUGGGACGCUUCUGGCCCCGAACUUCGCCUUGUCCUUCCUUCCGCGGGGUGACCUGCGCGUGAGCGGUCGGCGGUGGACUUCCGCUCGUGUCUUGUCCAAAAAAAAAAAAAAAAAUCUCCAACGUCGGGAAAAGUUUUUUUUCCCCAAAGUUUUCUCCCCCUCUUUUUCCCAGCUCGCUCGUCUCCCGCUGGAAGCCCCCCCUCCCGCAGACGUUGGCCUGCUGAGCGGACGGCGAGUCAGUCCUCUCGGUGUGUUGCGCGUUGUGUGGAAGUUGUCUUGUUGGGGGGAAACCGCGUUCAGCGCGCGUGACCGAAUUUAUUAUUGUUUAUUUCUUAUUUUCCCGGCUUGGGUGUGUGUGUGUGUUGACUGUUCCCCCCUGUCUGGCGGAUGAAAUAAAACCGCGUCACGCUCGUCGAGUCUUGGAAGCAGAAGAAGAAAAAAGAAAAGGGGAAGUGUCCGAAUUUGGCUCGAGGAGGAAAAGCGUUCCUUUCGGAGAAUCGAGGCUCGCGGGUUCGAGGCUGCCCUCUCGCAGGAGACGAAGCCACGCAUUUCUCCGGCGUUAUCGGGAACCGGAAAGCAGCAGACCUGAAGCGCGCACUGGGAACCAUGGGUUGUACAGUCAGCCAGGAAGAUAAAGCCGCGGCCGAGAGGUCCAAGAUGAUCGACAAAAACCUCCGGGAGGAUGGAGAGAAGGCGGCGAGGGAGGUGAAACUGCUGCUGUUGGGUGCCGGGGAGUCGGGGAAGAGCACCAUUGUGAAGCAGAUGAAGAUCAUCCAUGAGGACGGCUAUUCAGAGGAUGAAUGUAAGCAGUACAGAGCUGUGGUCUACAGCAACACAAUCCAGUCCAUUAUGGCCAUCAUAAAAGCCAUGGCCAACCUCAAGAUUGACUAUGAGGACUCUGCCAGAGCGGAUGAUGCCCGCCAACUGUUUGCCUUGUCAGCAGCGGCAGAGGAGCAGGGCAUCCUGCCGGAGGACCUGUCCAACGUCAUCCAGCGGCUGUGGGCUGACGGUGGUGUCCAGGGCUGCUUCACACGGGCCCGCGAGUACCAGCUCAACGAUUCAGCAGCCUAUUACCUAAAUGACCUGGAGAGAAUAGCCAAGGCAGACUACAUCCCUACACAGCAAGAUGUGCUGCGGACCAGGGUCAAGACCACCGGCAUUGUGGAAACACAUUUCACCUUCAAGGACCUACACUUCAAGAUGUUUGAUGUGGGGGGUCAGCGGUCGGAGAGGAAGAAGUGGAUCCACUGCUUCGAGGGAGUGACGGCCAUCAUCUUCUGCGUGGCCAUGAGUGCUUACGACCUGGUGCUGGCUGAGGAUGAGGAGAUGAACCGGAUGCACGAGAGCAUGAAGCUGUUUGACUCCAUCUGCAACAAUAAGUGGUUCACAGAGACCUCCAUCAUCCUGUUCCUCAACAAGAAGGAUCUGUUCGAGGAGAAGAUCGCCCACAGCCCGCUGACCAUCUGUUUCCCUGAGUACACCGGCCCUAACAAAUAUGAGGAGGCCCAGGCCUACAUCCAGACCAAGUUUGAGGACCUGAACAAGAAGAAGGACACCAAGGAGAUCUACACCCACUUCACCUGCGCCACCGACACCAAGAACGUGCAGUUCGUCUUCGAUGCAGUCACCGAUGUCAUCAUCAAGAACAACCUGAAGGACUGUGGUCUCUUUUAGAGUCAAGUGUGACCGAGAGUUGAGGUGAGCUCAGAGGA